AUGCCUUUGGUGUUGAAAAACCUAUACACUGGAGUUGAUGAUGCUUCAAAGAAUUUCCGUACAUGUGUUAGGACUUACAACAAUACAUUUGCUUUUACUUCACUUGGCAUUCAUCAGUAUGAUAAAAAUCUUUGUAAGCGUAAUAAAGGCAUAUAUACGUUCAAAGUUCAAGGGCAAAUGUAUCAUUUUAUCAAUGACUUAUUGCCUGAUGGUUGUCCGCCACGCAAUUUGCAACUCUAUUUUUAUGACACUGACCAUGAAAUUGAAAAUCGAGUUGAAAGUGUUGCUAGAUUGGAAGAGAACAUUGUCAAAGCUUUGAUAGAAGUCAUGUCUUGCAAUCCAUACGCAAAUUUCUUUAGAAGUCUUAAGGAUGUUGUUCACUCUGAUGACUUUAAUAUUUUGUUGAACUCUUCACCUUCAUUGGAUCAAAGACUUUAUAAUUCGCCAACUGCUUCUCAAGUUGCUGCUGUAUGGAUUGAAGACUAUGAUGGAGUUGAAGAUAAUAGGAAUAUUAGGGUAUAUGCACAUUGUGGUCGGUCACAAAAUAUCCAAUACUAUUAUGGUUGUUAUGAUCCAUUACAAUACCCUUUGUUAUUCCCAUUUGGUGAUGUUGGAUGGCAUGAGGGUAUUCAAAGAGCCUUGCAAUCGAGGAAUUUACAACCUCUUGGUUAUGUAAAUUCUUUAUCUAUUAAUGCAAACACUCAAUUAUCUGUUGAUGAUCUAAUUCGAGCAAAGGAAGCAGUGUUUCGAGAAGGCCUCGUUGAUAGCGUUGGAACGGGUGCUGUGUUUGGUAAUGAGGUCGGGUGCAGAGUUAUUUUGCCAUCGUCAUUCAUUGGAGGUCCUAGAGAUAUGCGUGGUCGAUAUAUGGAUGCAAUGUCCCUUGUCCAAAACUUUGGCAAACCUGAUAUGUUUUUAACCAUGACAUGUAACCCUAAUUGGCCUGAAAUUAAAGGGCUCUUGCAAUACAAUGACGACGCACAAAACAGGCCAGACUUGAUUGCAAGAGUGUUCCACGCAAAAAUGCAAGAACUUAAGAAUGAUAUUACAAAGAAACAAUUUUUUGGCGAAAUUGCUGCAUACACUUAUGUAAUCGAGUUCCAAAAGAGAGGAUUGCCACAUGCUCAUUUCCUUAUUAUUCUAAAAGACAAAUGUCAUGCAAUGUCUCCUUCUUUUGUUGAUAAUUUUGUAUCGGCAGAAAUACCAGAUAAACAUCUUCAACCUGCGUUGUACGAGCUUGUAAAAAAACAUAUGGUUCAUGGUCCUUGUGGUUUUCUUAAUCCAAAUUGCCCUUGCAUGACACAAAGGAAAUGCAAAUCCGCACCUACUUGUAAAAGUAAAUACCCCAAACUAUUUAGCGAUGCCACUGAGUUUGCUGAUGAAUCUUACCCUAUAUAUAAGAGACGCAAUACACCCUUUUUGGUUCAUGUUAAAGGGUUUAAUCUUGAUAAUAGAUGGAUAGUGCCUUAUAAUCCCCAGUUAUUACUUAAGUUUGAUUGCCAUAUAAAUGUGGAAGUCUAUGCCAGUAUUAAGUCUGUGAAGUACAUUUAUAAAUAUAUUUACAAAGGCCAUGAUAGAGUAAGCAUGACUUUGGGUGAUAACAAUGAUGAUCGUGUGAUUGAUGAAAUUAAAGAAUACCAAAAUGCAAGAUGGAUCUCGCGCCCUGAAGCUGCAUAG